AAGGCCCACCCAAAAUUAAAUAAGAGUUAAGGAGGCUUGGCAAAUUUAACCUCAUGCCCCUCCUACUCCAGCCCCCCAACUCCUCCCUGCUCUCCUGAACGAAGCCAGACAUUAUAAGGAGGGGAGGGGAAACCUCGAUUAACAGAUGACAGAAGCGACACUCGGGCCGCAAACAGACGAAAUGUCCUUCAAAAAGUCUUCACUGGUGACGGCUGAUGUGGAGAAACUGCGUAAGAGGUCCACGGCCGAUUCUUCAGAAAACUAUGUGGAUCCUGAACAGCAUCAUCGAUUUCCACAGCAGCAGUCCAACACUGAAAGGCUCUGUGUUGGACCCCGGCAUCCAGAGCUAGGUGCAGUCGAAACUCCUUCCCCGGACGUCUCUCAGCACCACUUCUGCCACUACACGCCAAAAUGCUACCACGCUGUUCACAAAGGAGGACAUGGCACCUCAGCCCGGUCCACGAUGUCACCGCAUGAAGAAUGGCAUGAAGGCACCACGAAGACCACGAUCAGAGUUGAUAAUGAGGUGGAGGCACACAGGGAGGCCAACAACUACAGGUUUGGCUUCAGAAAAUGGAAGGGAAACGUAACCGAGAGGCCCAUUGAAGACAGGUCGGAGAUCGUCAGAGAACUCUACUCGGAUCUCAGUGUUGUUAAGCCAAAAGAAGGCUCAGUGGUCACCUUUGGAAACAUAAUUUAUGUAUUUUUAUUUGGAUGGUGGACAUCAUUAUUCUACGUCCUCCUUUGCCCUGUAAUGUUUCUUACAGUUUUGGGUGCACCUUAUGGAAAACUUUGUCUGAAGAUGGCAUGGUACGUUAUUUGGCCAUUUGGGAGGUCAAUAGUGAAGGCUGAUGAUAUGUUUAAUAGGUCCAACCCGAAGCCUCCAAAGAUUGAGAUCACCGGUCCUGAGCGGGACAGUGAGGACCAAAUCAGGGACAAGGAGUCCGCCCCUCUUCUGAUGUCUUCCCCAAUUCUCGUUGAUGUCGCCGUCCCAGCACCAGCGGCUAGAAAAACCUCAAAGCUCUGGUGCCGUUUCAGCACUUAUAUUUGGUUGUUGCUGGGUUACCCCGUCCUGGUGGUCGUCCACUCCCUUGCCUGUGUGAUCUCUUGGCUGCUGGUCUUCACCAUCCCAGUGGCAAAAAUGAACGCCCGCAUACUGACCACCGUCCUCCUCAUGGCGCCAGAGGACGUUCACAUCCGGAAACUGGAAAAGAAACAUGAAAUCAGAGUCAUCUUAUGCUGUUACCAAGCUUUGAAUGUCUUUUACUACAAGUACACUGUGCAAGGAAUCAACAUUUUUGCUCUCAACCUGCUUCCCCUCGUAUUAAUCACUCUGAUCUUUGGCUACACUGAUCGCGAGCACAAGUACUUCAGUCCAGAGACCAAGUUUGCAACAGCUAUCACUUCCAUCAUCCCCCUGUCCUACUACAUCGGCAUGGGAAUAGCCAGCAUUUCUGCACAGAGUAAUUUCGCGGUGGGAGCCGUGGUGAACGCGACGUUCGGCUCCAUCACCGAGAUGACAUUCUACAUCACGGCGCUGCUGCAGGGUUACCGCGCAGGCACCAAGUGUUACGAAGAGAUCGUCAAAGCGGCGCUCACCGGGACCUUGCUUGGAUGCAUCUUAUUCAUACCUGGUAUCUGCAUGGUCAUCGGCGGCAUCAAACACAGCGAGCAGCGAUUUAACAGUCGUUCAGCUGGUGUGAGCUCCGCUUUGCUCUUCAUAUCCAUUGGCGGCGUGUUUGCUCCUACGCUCUUCUCGAAGAUCUUUGGUAGCCUGGUGUGUGAGAACUGCAGCAUUGUUCCAGGCAAUACCAGCCUGCCGUUCAUCUGCCAGGACUGUCACCACGACACGAGUAAAAUGGACCCACGUAUGAUUCUCUCUCAUACUGAGCCUCUAGUGUACACCAUUUCCGUCCUGCUGCCUGCUGCGUACCUGAUCGGCCUCAUCUUCACGCUAAAGACCCACUCCCACAUCUACGACAUCCACAUCAGCGAUGGCCACGGGGGCCACGCACACGGGCACCACGUUGUCCACUGGUCCCGGAAGAGGGCUCUUGCAGUGUUGAUUGUCGCUACGGUGCUGAUGGCUUGCUGCGCUGACCUCAGCACAGAGAACAUUGCACCCAUGCUGACCAACACCUCGGUCUCCCAGUACUUCAUUGGCGUCACAUUGUUGGCUAUGGUGCCAGAGCUUCCUGAACUCGUCAAUGGGAUCCAGUUCGCACUGCAAAACAAUAUCAGCCUAAGCCUGGAGGUGGGCAGCUGCAUUGCCGUGCAGGUCUGCAUGAUUCAGAUUCCGCUGCUCAUCCUCUUCAAUGCAUUCUACGAUGUUGGAUUUGUGCUCGUGUUCAGUGAUAUUCACCUUUGGUCGAGCAUCUUCGCGGUCAUCCUGGUCAACUACAUCUUCAUGGAUGGAAAGUGUGACUACUUCCAGGGUACAGCUCUAGUGGUGGUCUACCUCAUCCUUUUGGCCCUGUACUACUUCGCUCCGUCUCCACGCUCCUGUUAAUCUGUGAUGAUGAUUCUCCAAGAUCUCAUGCCCCUCAAGAUAAAAUAAUCCUUCGUCAUCUGGUGGUCCAGGUUGAGAAGCAGAAAACCAGAAGGAAAGUUUUGAAUCCCGAUGUUUUUUGCAUACAAAAUGUAAAUUUGUAAUAUUUAUUUUUGUGAAUCAUUGUAAUAUUGGAUGUAAUAAAUAAAUGUGUAAAGACCCCCA